GGAUUGUAGCGCAGGCGCGAAGCAAACUCGCUUUGCUCUCUUCCAGCUCCGACAGCUUCUGUUGGUUCCGGAGACGCAGGUCCAGAGGGAUCCAAGAUGAGCUGCAGUCGCCCCUGUGUCUGUAGCCAUGGCACCAAUGUGGAGGAAAGUACAUGGUAUGGGGUGGACUUCUAUCCUAAUCUCUUCUACAAUGACUGGCUGGGUACCAGUCUCCCCUAUAACCCAGAGAAACUCCCCAUCCGGUACAUCAACCGACCCUGGCCCUCGUUGUGUUGGAAGGUCACCGUGUCCGUGGCCUCUCUGUUUCUCCUGCUGGGUGUGGCAGCCCUGACCACUGGCUACGCAGUGCCCCCCAAACUAGAGCUUGUUAACGAAAGUAAGUUCUCAUCGAUGGAUGAUCCAGUAGCUGACUACAACCAAGCCCUGAUCACCUGCCGUGUGGUAGGAGCGACGCUGUGCGGGGUAGCCGGGGUCAUGUUGGCUGUCUGCCUCUUCUUGAUCGCCUCUGGUUGGAUGAUCCAGGACCUCAAGGCAGAGCCCCUGGUCACUGAAGCUGACAGCCCCGUGGAGGUGUUCAGGGAUGAGCCAGAAAAGCUGCCCCCUGUGUUCCAUGAGGCCAGUAGUCAGUCGCCGUUCUUGACUCCGCCCAGCCCUUUUGGGCAGCAGUCCGUGCAGACCAGCCAGCCCCAGCGGGACUUCUAAGUCUGCAGGAUGGAGGAGUCAGACACUCGUUGCUUUCAUCACCCUGACUUCUUCCUCUCAGUAGUGCCAAUCUCUCUAGGACCCUCAUAGCUCCCACCUUCCGCCAAAUCAAGUCCCGCGCUCCAAUCCCACCCCUGCUCAGGACAGGCACAAACUCAACCAAGAGCUGCUCUUUCAGACCAGUGAAACGGCCCAGAGAGGGUUCAGGAAGGGUUCAGGAAUGGCCCAGGACCUUCCUGGCAUGACGGAGGAUCUGAGUUCCAUCUCUCAGAUCUACAAAGUGGAAGAGGAGAACCGGUUCCCUCCAGUUGUCCUCUGACCCUCACCCCCAUCCCCCACCUACAAAGAAAGGUAAUAAAAAAUAUAAAUUCCAAGGAUUAGGGAAAGUGGAAUUCUUUUUCCCUUAAAGUCACCCCCUAGACAGCAAUGCCCACUGGGCUUGAUCCUGACCCUACUAAAAAACCUGUGUGCACUCCUGUAGGCCCAGCACCUUCUUCCCUAUGGGUGGCCCAGCCAAAAACAUGUCCUCCCGUGGGACGCUAGAGGGCGCUCUAGGACAGCAUCGGAUCCUCUCUCCGGCAACCCGUGCUGGCCCAUGGGGCUUCCUGGAUGAGAGGAAGAGGGUUCGGGCACUCUCCACCACCUUUGUGCCCGCUGGUUGUACUUUCCAGGCCCCUGUUUCUCUCCUCCAUCUUGCUUCAGCUUUCAAUAAACAGUUGAUGCAUACCA